CCUCAACCGCUCCACCAGCCAACCAGCUCCGAUGUCCUCAAUCCAAAUGUCCUCAAUCCAAAUGCAUGCGGAUCCCGUUUGUUUGAGGGGAGGAUCGCGGUGCCCUGGCAUCUCGGCAAGUUUUUCGCUUUCUCCGUCUGUUCCGAGAAAGAGCGUUUUCGAUUUGGUUGCUGGCAGCGAUGAAGGGUCCCUCGUAUGCGCUCCUCAUCGCCUUGGCGGCCGUCUGUUCCGUAGCUGUGGCCUCGGCCAUGUACAGCAACUACUGCUAGGGCGAGGACUGCUACACUGGUGGGUGCAUCUGAUCAGAUCUAUGGCGUAUACGUCACUCCUGAGCCAUAUGUGGCUGUCCUACUUGUCCGCUGUGUGCUGUCCGCUGUGUGCAGAUGCAUCGUUUUUGGACCGCACUAACGAGAUCUCCCGCCUGCAGACCGCCCGCACCCACAGCAACAACGGUGUGUGCGGCACACACACAUGCACGGCACACACAGCUGAUACGAGAUGACCGCACUGCGCCCGUGGUGGCAGGGAUGGAUGGAUGGAUGGAUGUGUGUUGCUGCCUGGUGUGUGCAAUGUGUGUGUGCAGGUGUCUCUGGCCAUCUGUCGCUCGUGCAGCAGAACGUGCAGCAGGACAAGAGCAUGAUGGAGGCGUCCAGCAAGAUGAGCCAGGCGUCCAGCACGAUGGCCGCAAACGCCCUCCAAGCCAUCAACAACAUCCACCAGCAGCUCGCCACCAAAGGUACACAGACAGUCGGUGGGUGGAUUCACACACGACGAGCAUCACACUGGAAUGUCUAUCUAUCUGUGUCUCUCUCUCUCUCCGUCUGUCUGUCUGUCUGUCUGUCUGUGUGUCUGUGUGCAGAGAGUUGCAGUGUGUGUGGCAUCAGCAAAUCCGACUUAGAACCCACCAGCAUCACUUAAGUACAAGCUGUGCAACGAAGCCGGCAUCUGCCAGCUGGAUAUGGGCUCACAGACAAUGGGCGGCAAGUGCUAAACAGGCACCUGCAUCCUGCCAUUCCAGA